AGUUCUCUUUGUCGUUUCGUCGGCAGCCGACGACGACAACAUCGGCUUCGCUCGAUAAUUGCCCCGAAAAAAUGGCGACUCGUCUAUUAAAAAUUGGUAGCGCACUGCGCAUAUAUACAAAUAAAACCAGCCUUGUAAAGAUACCAAAACAAUGGCAAUCAACUGCUGCUUCUCUGAAAGAAACGCUUAUCAAUCAACCAGCUACGAGAGUUACAACUUUGGAUAGUGGAAUGAGAGUUGCUAGUGAAGAUAGCGGAGCUGCAACAGCUACUGUUGGUCUUUGGAUAGAUUCUGGCAGUCGAUAUGAGACAGAUGAUAACAAUGGUGUUGCUCAUUUCAUGGAACACAUGGCUUUUAAGGGUACUGCCAAACGUUCUCAAACUGAUUUAGAAUUGGAAAUUGAGAACAUGGGAGCUCAUUUGAAUGCUUAUACAAGUCGAGAACAAACAGUAUUUUAUGCAAAAUGCUUGUCACAAGAUGUACCAAAAGCUAUUGAAAUUCUCAGUGAUAUUAUUAAAAAUUCUAAGUUAGGCGAAAAUGAAAUUGAAAGGGAACGUGGUGUUAUUUUACGUGAAAUGCAAGAAGUUGAAACAAAUUUGCAAGAAGUUGUAUUUGACCACUUGCAUGCUGCAGCCUAUCAAGGUACAUCUUUAGGACGGACGAUACUGGGCCCUACUAAAAAUAUUAAAAGUAUUUCACGAGACGAUCUUCAACAUUAUGUGAAAACUCAUUAUGGACCAUCUAGAUUUGUACUAGCUGGUGCUGGUGGUGUAGAUCAUAAUCAAUUAAUUGAACUUGCUAAUAAGCAUUUUGGUCAAAUGGCAGGACCAGAUUAUGAUGCUAUUCCAGAAUAUGUUAAAGCCUGCCGUUAUACUGGCUCUGAAAUAAGAGUUCGCGAUGAUACAAUCCCUCUCGCUCAUGUCGCGUUUGCUGUUGAAGGUGCUGGAUGGGCUGAAGCAGACAACAUUCCUCUUAUGGUCGCCAACACUCUUAUAGGAGCAUGGGAUCGUAGCCAAGGAGGGGGUGUAAAUAAUGCAAGCAAUCUAGCUAAAACUUGUGCAGAAGACGGCUUAUGUCAUAGUUACCAGAGUUUUAACACAUGUUAUAAGGAUACAGGACUGUGGGGUAUAUAUUUCGUUUGUGAUCCCAUGCAAUGUGAUGAUAUGAUAUCAAAUAUUCAACAUGAAUGGAUGAAAUUAUGUACAUCAGUUACUGAGAAAGAAGUAGCGCGUGCAAAGAAUAUUCUUAAAACUAAUAUGUUCUUACAAUUGGAUGGCACCACCGCUAUUUGCGAAGAUAUUGGCCGUCAAAUAUUAUGUUAUAACCGCCGUAUUCCACUUCACGAACUCGAGAUGAGGAUAGAUAGUGUAACUGCUCAAACUAUACAAAAUGUGGGUAUGAAGUAUAUUUUUGAUCAAUGUCCAGUGAUUGCAGCAGUUGGCCCUGUUGAAAAUCUACCAGAUUAUAAUUACAUUCGUGGAGCUAUGUAUUGGCUCAGAGUGUAAUCAUCUUCAAGUUGUCAACAAAUCUUAGCACAUCAAUUAGAAAUAAAAACUACGAUAUAUAUGUCUGCAAUCUGAGAAAAAUACUUGUAAAUUAAUAUUUGUGUUGUAAGUAUAAUUUUCUAAUAAUAAUGUUAUAACUUUCUCCCUACACGAAAAUUGUAGUUUUAUCUUAUCAUACAUUUAUGCAAAAUAAGUGAUCGUUGAUGUAUACUGCUUGAUUAAAAUAAAUGAUCGAAAAUGUA